AUGGCACUUAUGGUAACUACAGAAAAGGUUGAAGAAAAUAACCGCAAAAUAGCUCUGAUCAUGGGAAUCAGUGGACAGGAUGGAAACUACCUAGCAGAAUUGCUAGUCGACAAAGGUUAUGAAGUACACGGCCUCAUUCGACACUCAAGUACUUUGAAUACAAAAAGUCUUCAUUUAAUCAAUAAAAGGUUUUCUUCACAAGGAAAGAGCGCUAUUAUUCUUCACUACGGGGAUCUAAACGACACUUCUUCCAUUGUGAAAGUUAUACUAACUGUAAGACCGAACGAAGUGUACAAUUUGGCUGCGAUGCGUCAUGAUGAAAUCUCAUUUCAUCUGGAUGAAUAUACAGUUAACCUGAACGGUCUCGGCGCUUUGCGUAUUUUGGAUGCCAUUCGCGCGUGUGGGCUCGAAAAAUGUAUCCGAUUUUAUCAAGCAUCAACAUCUGAAUUGUAUGGGAAAACUUAUCAAAUUCCACAAAACGAAAACACUCCCUUUUACCCACGAUCACCUUACGGUCAGUAUCCGUUACUAUUAGCAGGAAAAUUCUAA